CGAUACAUCGUUUCAACAGUCGAGUUUUGGCGCCAUAGAAAUCACGUUUCUGCCAUGUUGACUUAUCUUUAACACUUGUUUCAAGAAUUGUAAACAAAUCUAUAAAAUAUCAUCACAAAUUUAAUAAAUACUAAUUGACAUUUAUUUUUAAGACCUCAAAAAAGUUGCCUUGAACUUGUGUUUUUCACGGUAUCAAGGUUAUUGUAAAUAAGAGAGAUUUUAUCAAUUUCUAAGGCAUUCUUAAAUUGAGUUUUAGAUUUUUUUUUUUUUUUGAAGAAGGUAAAGACAUAAGUUUUUGCAAUGACUUCAGAAGAGUCACUAAUCAAAAAAUUAGACGAGCUUCGAAAGUGGCAAAUGCAAAGACAAACACUAUUGACUCAAUUUCAACAAGAGCAAAGAGAGAAAUUAAGCACAGAACAAAAGCAAAUAUAUGAAACACUUGGUUUGUCAUUGGACAAUAUAACCGAUAACGAAAGUCUUGUAGAAAAAUUAGCUAUGCUUCAACUUUCUAUCAGUACAGAUGAUGAUACAGAUUCACCAAAAGCUAAACCAUGUAACUAUACCAAUACUCAAAAUCCGGCUAAUUUUGAUAAACACGAAAUAAUAGUUAAAAAAGAACCUAAUCCACAAAUGGUGUCAUCAGAUGAUACUGAUGAAUUUAAUACAUCCUUGAAUUCGUCUUGUGAAGUGUUGAAUAAAAUUAAUUACAAUCAUAAAGAGCUAUCAAUUCAAGAAACUCCGAAAAAGUAUCAAGAUACUUCAUCAACAGAACUCAAUGGUGUACAUUCAUUAUCUCUUACACCAGGAAAAUGUAUUGAUGAUAUUCCUGUACCUUCUCCAAAAAAAGAUUUCCAGACUUUAUUAGAAGAGAAAUUAAAAGAUUCUGGAGCAAUAAAAACUAAUAAUAAUAAUGAUAAUAAUAAGGUCACAAAUGGAAUUAAAAGACCGUUUUUACGAAAAGGAACUGGCUUAGCUCGAUUUAGAAUGGGUUCCAAGACUGAUAAAAACAGUGCGAAUAUGAAAAAUUCUAAACUUCAGAAUACUCCAUUGUCCACAAAACUCAAGGUUACCAAAGUCCAAAAAAAUAGCUCGACGCAUUGUGCAGCGAAACAAAAGAAAAACACUGAAACUAGAAGGAGAACUAUUCAUGGAAUAUCGCCGAGAAGCACUACAAUUCCUAAAAUUCCUCAACAAAAAUUAAAUUUAAGAAAUGUCUCAUUACCCCAAAAAGUCCUUCAAAGAAGAUCACUGCCAGCUGUUCUUGUGAAAUCUCCAGAACCUGAUAAAAUAUCAAUAACUUCCAAUGACCAAAGUGAAAUUGAUGAACUAGAUACAUCAAGAUUAGAAACUAAAAUAUUCGAAAUGUUAGAAGAAAGAGCUGAAAAUUCUAGUUUUUGUUCAAAUUCUAGUGCCGUAAUCGAUUUUCUUCGACAAUCUACACCAAUCAAGUUGAGAAAUAUUCGUAAAAACCUUCAAUCUUUAAAAAAUUCUGGAAAAACAGAUACCAAUAUUCCUAAUAAUAAUUCAAAUAAAAUUAUACAUUCAAAAAAUUCAUCUUCUGACAAAAACACUCGGUGUUUAACGAAUGAAAAUCAAAUGCUCAAAGAUAUUGAUGCUUUGAAAAUUAUACAAAAAUCUUUAACUGCUGAAUGUCUUCAUAAUGUUGGUAAUCAAAUGAUUAAAAGUAGUAAAUAUCAAGAUUAUGCAGAUAUUGAUGAUACAAAGUGUGUUUUAUCCACUAAGAAGGCUGAAAGUUGUGAUCUUAUCAAGAAUGAUUAUCAUGAAUCUGAUAAAAAUGCCGAUGCUGACAUAAGUGUACAUGUUAGAUUUGCUGACUAUAAUGAAUAUAAAUCUAUAAGUGAUAUAUCUGUACUUUCAAAAGACUCUUAUGAUUAUGACGAUAAAAUCUCAAGUAAUCAUUCUACAAGUGCAGAAUCAGACACUGAUACUUCAACUGACAAACCAGAAAUAGUAGAACUAGAAGAUUUAAGUGAUAGUGAACAAUCAAGUGGAUCUAAAAAAUCUUCUAAUUCGAUACCGUCUAACAAAAAAUUUGCUGAAGCUUUUGAUAAUCAAAGCACUGAUAACGAACAUUCGAGAUCAGAUGAUCCGGACGAUAGUGAUUUCGAUAACACGAUUUUAGAAUUUCAAGAACCUAUACAAAAAGUUUCAAGGUGGUCUAGUUCUGAAAUAAUGACAGAAUGUAAUGAGAAAAUGAAAGCUCAUCACACAGACAUACACGAACUUAAACAAGACCGAAUAUUAGAUGAUGAUGAUACGAUUCUUAAAUCCGAGCUUUUAAAAAGUCGUUUACUGGAGUUAGAAAGAGAGAUAGAAAUAUUCAGAAAAGAAAAUUCAGCCCUAAUGGCUUAUCGUCAAAAGCUCAACAAUGAACAGAAUCGAUUGCGAAAAGAAUACGAAGAAAAGCAUAAAGAUUUGAAAAUGGAAAAAAUUCACAUGAAAAAUUCUCUUGAAGAAGAAAAAAAAAGAGUAAUUCGAGAAAAAGCUGCUUUAGAAAAUCGAUUAAGAGACGCUAGAGAAAAAUCAUUACAAACGAAACAAGAACGUUUGGAAAUACAAAACUUGAAAGAAAAACUGGAAAAACUCCAAGAUGAUAUGAAUGAUAAAGAAAAUCGAUGGCAAGCUGCUCAAGCUCGACAGCGAAGUCAAAUUCGAGUAUUACAAAUGGAAAAUACAAAAUUGAAGGAAGAAGUUGCUAGGUUGCAGGCUGCAAGGAAGAAUAAUUCUAGAUUAAGGAAACCUAUGGCUAUAUCUAAUACCAAAGCUAUUCAUGAAAUAAAUAGACAGUUAGAUAAUUAUAGAAAUAGUAUAGAACAAAACGAAGAUGAUAUUAAAAAAGAAGAAAAGAAAUCUAAACUUCCUGUAAAAAGCCAUCCAGAAAAGAUUGAAUCGACCUCCAACCACCAAAUAACAAAAAGCACUUCUACUGAAGAAGAAAAAGUGACUUAUGAUCAAUCGACACAAGUGAUAGGUAAUCGAGAAAACAAUUCAGAGAAUACUUUACAAAAACGCUACUUGUAUGAAAGUUUAUUAAAAGAUGCUACGAACGAGUACGUGAUUAAUUAUAAUAGUCAAGAACAACAAACAACACACAAUGAAGAUGUAGAGAAUAGAAAUAGUAAUUCUUUAAUUCAAAUGAAUGAUAAAGAAACUAAAAUACAAAUUAAUGAUGGAUUGAAAAAUUAUCAAUUUGACACGAUUAAAAAUUAUCAAAAUAGCUUGACAAGAAACAGUGUUCAUAAUGAUGAUAAGGUUGCAUUGAAUGAAAAGUCAAGUAGUAGUAGUCCAAAAAUAGUUCAAAAAUCAUAUAAACAGUUUGUUCAAGAAGUUAUCAACACAAAGAAUGAUGAGGCGAACACUGGUCAUCAAUAUUCCCAACGAACACUGAUUUUACGUGAAAAUUCACCUAAAAAGCAAAGUAUUCAGACCAUUUCAACUUCUGACUUAGAUAAAAAUUCAACUGGAAGGAGUAAUCAACUUGUCGAACAUAAUUCUCCAAGACAACUGCCGAUGAUGAGUUAUGGAAAUAAUAUAACAAAUUCUCAAAACGGUUUAUCAGAAUUGAGAGAUAUGGAUUCUGAUUUAAAUCCGCGCAGAGAGAUUCAGAAGCCAAUACCUCGACCUACUGAAAAUACAGUUCCUAAACCGGAAUGUAAUCACAUAAGUCAGAUAUCUGAAUCUCAUAUUGAUAACAAAUGUGCUCUACCAACUGCUCAGCAAAAUAUUCGGGAAGUUAAGCACCCGGAUGGUCAUAUAGAAUUUUGGUAUUCAAACGGAAACGUUAAAAGAGUUUACCCAGAUCGCAAUAUUUCAAAAAUGAUCUAUUACAACGGUGAUGUAUGUGAAACUGCUGCAGAUGGUUGUGUAAAAUAUUUCUAUGCUGCUACUAAAACAUGGCAAACUACAUAUCCAGAUGGGUUUGAGAUUCUGGAGUUUCCAGAUGGCCAACAAGAAAGACGUACUACUGAUGGUGUUGUAGAAGUCUCAUUUCCAGAUGGUUCUGUUCGAUUAAUUCAACCUGAUGGAAUAGAAAAAUGGGCUUUAUCAGAUGGUACUAUUGCUGAAAUAUUUCCAAAUGGCGAUAAAAUACUUUCAUUUUCUAAUGGUCAACGUGAAAUCCACACGUCAGAUCAUAAGAGACGCGAAUACCCAGAUGGAACAGUAAAAUUCAUUUAUCUUGACGGAACGCAAGAGACUAGGUACUCUAAUGGACGUGUUCGAAUGAAAGAUAAGGAUGGCAACCUUAUUAUGGAUUCAUAUUAAGAUAAGAACAUAACAGUUCAACGUAGGGGUAAACAUAUAGAACCAAGAGAUUUGCAUAAUAUGAAUUUGACAAGCUUUUAAUGAUACUUCAAGUUUGUAUAAAUUCAAUCGACCUUAUGGAUUCUCCAAGUUAUCGUAAGUUUUUUACUUAAAUAGCUUUUUAUAUGUACAUAAUUAUAUUUUUUUCAUAAGAAAGAUUUUUCAUAAAUGAUUUUUUAACAUAGAAUAUUAAAA